AUGGCCGUGCUCUGGCUGCUGGCUCAGAUAAAGAUCUACAGGACGGGCGGCGGAGGAGGUGGAGGCGGCGGCGGGGGCUCGUUUGGCGGGGGCCUGCGCAAGUUUGGGCAGCCGGGCGAGCGUCUGCGCAAGGUCAAGUGGGACCUCGCCAAGCUGCCCAAGUUCGAGAAGAACUUCUACAAGGAGCACCCCGAUGUGCUGCGUCGCCCAUCCAGGGAGGUGGAGGAGUUCCGCAUGCACAAGGAGAUUAAGAUCAAGGGGACCACCUGCCCCAAGCCGGUGUUCCACUUCCACGAGGCCGACUUCCCCUCCUACGUGAUGAACGUGAUCGAGUCCCAGAACUUCAAGGAGCCGACACCCAUCCAGGCGCAGGGCUGGCCCCUGGCUCUGAGCGGCAGGGAUAUGGUCGGCAUUGCCAAGACGGGGUCGGGCAAGACCCUAUCGUACCUGCUACCAGCGGUUGUUCACAUCAACCACCAGCCCUUCCUGGAGCGUGGAGACGGCCCCAUUGUGUUGGUGCUGGCUCCAACGCGAGAGCUGGCGCAGCAGGUGCAGGCAGUCGCAGAGGAGUACGGCAAGAGCUCGCGCGUCAAGACCACAUGCGUGUACGGUGGGGCGCCCAAGGGUCCCCAGCUACGCGACUUGGAGAGAGGAGUGGAGAUCUGCAUCGCCACCCCGGGUCGCCUCAUUGACUUCCUGGAGUCAGGCAAGACGAACCUCCGCCGCUGCACCUACCUGGUGCUGGACGAGGCGGACCGCAUGCUGGACAUGGGCUUCGAGCCGCAGAUACGCAAGAUCGUUGACCAGAUCCGGCCCGACCGUCAGACCCUCAUGUGGAGUGCCACGUGGCCCAAGGAGGUGCGUCAGCUGGCCGAGGACUUCCUGCGCGAGUACAUCCAGAUCAACGUGGGCUCCAUGGACCUGUCGGCCAAUCACAACAUCCUGCAGAUCGUGGACGUGUGCAGCGACAACGAGAAGGACAACAAGCUGAUGCGCCUGAUGGAGGAGAUCAUGGCCGAGAAGGAAAACAAGACCAUCAUCUUUGUGGAGACGAAGAGACGCUGCGACGAGCUCACGCGUAGAAUGAGGCGCGACGGCUGGCCCGCCAUGUGUAUCCAUGGAGACAAGAGCCAACCGGAGCGGGAUUGGGUACUCACAGAGUUCCGAUCAGGGAAGUCUCCGAUUCUCAUCGCCACGGACGUCGCUUCCCGCGGCCUGGAAGCCCCUCGUUUUGCGAGGGAGCCGCGGGGGCGUCGCCCAAAUAAUAUUUUUGACGGGAGACGGGGAGUGUGUGUGUGCGCGUGCGUCCGUGCGUGCGUGUGCGAGCGUGCGAGCGAGUGAGCGUGCGAGCGAGUUUGAGCGCUAAAUUUCUUGAAAAAGACCUCUCGAAACGAGGCCUUAUCCGUCACCGAGGCCUAAAAAAACAAAAUGGCCGUGCGGAGGAGCGGCCAUCUUGGAUUGCUGCCCAGACGGGCGGCCAUCUUGGAUUUGCGCUGUCAGGAGGAGGGAGUUGUGGGAAGGGAUGGGGGGGGAGGGGGAAUUUGGGGGAGGGUGGUGGUGGUGGCGGCCAUCGUGGAGCAUCGCUCCCCACCCUGCCGAGGGAGGGCGGCCAUUUUGGAAUCGCUGGCUGCCGGCGGCCAUCUUGGAUCCACCGCCCUUUCCCUCCUCGCCCCCCCCCCCCCGCCCGCGGAGAGGGAGGGACGGCCGGGCGGCCAUCUUGGAUCGCCGUUGUCACGGCAACGGGAGAGCGCGGAAGUGGUGGGGGGGGGCGGCUCCCCCUCCUCCUCCUCCCUGGUUGGCUGGCUGGCUCGCCGGUGUUAGGGUAGCGAGGUAGCAGAGAUGGGCCUGUGGGGUG